CGCGCCCGCACUCGGCGCCCCGGGCAGCGGCAGCGCGGGUCGGAGCGAGCGGCGCGGCCGGAGAUGCAGCGGGGAGCCGCGCUGUGCCUGCGCCUGUGGCUCUGCCUCGGACUGCUCGACGGCGAGUGCGGCCUGGCAAGGGGCUACUCCAUGACCCCCCCAACUCUAAACAUCACGGAGGAGACACACAUCAUUGACUCCGGUGACAGCCUAUCCAUCUCCUGCAGGGGGCAGCACCCCCUUGAGUGGUCCUGGCCAGGGGCUCAGGAGAUGCCAGCCACCAGGGAGAAGGAUGGCGAGGACAUGGGAGUUGUGCAAGACUGCGAGGGCACGGACACCAGACCCUACUGCAAGGUGCUGCUGCUGCCCGAGGCACACGCCAACAACACAGGCAGCUACCGCUGCUACUACAAGUACAUCAAGGCCCGCAUCGAGGGCACCACAGCCGCCAGCACCUACGUGUUUGUGAGAGACUUGGAGCAGCCAUUCAUCAACAAGCCAGACACGCUCCUGGUCAACAGGAAGGAUUCCAUGUGGGUGCCCUGCCUGGUGUCUUUCCCCGGCCUCAACAUCACGCUGAGAUCGCAAAACUUAGCACUGCAGCCUGAUGGGCAGGAGCUGGUGUGGGACGACCGCCGGGGCAUGCGGGUGCCCACGCCACUGCUGCGCGAUGCACUGUACCUGCAGUGCGAGACCACCUGGGGUGGCCAGGCCUUCCUCUCCAAUCCCUUCCUCGUGCAUAUCACAGGCAAUGAGCUCUAUGACAUCCAGCUGUUCCCCAAGAAGUCGCUGGAGCUGCUGGUCGGGGAGAAGCUGGUCCUGAACUGCACAGUGUGGGCUGAAUUCAACUCGGGUGUCACCUUCGACUGGGACUACCCAGGGAAGCAGGCAGAGCGGGGUAAGUGGGUGCCAGAGCGGCGCUCCCAGCAGACUCACACAGAGCUGUCCAGCAUCCUGACCAUCUACAACGUCAGUCAGAAUGACCUGGGCCCCUAUGUGUGUGAGGCCAACAAUGGCAUCCAGCGAUUCCGGGAGAGCACCGAGGUCAUCGUGCAUGAAAAGCCCUUCAUCAGCGUCGAAUGGCUCAAGGGUCCUGUCCUGGAGGCCACGGCAGGAGAUGAGCUGGUGAAGCUGCCUGUGAAGCUAGCGGCAUACCCUCUACCGGAGUUCCAAUGGUACAAGGACAAGAAGUCAGUGUCUGGGCGCCACAGUCCACAUGCCCUGGUGCUCAAGGAGGUGACGGAGGCCAGCGCGGGCAUCUACACCCUCGCCCUGUGGAACUCUGCGGCCAGCCUGCAGCGCAACAUCAGCCUGGAGCUGGUGGUGAAUGUGCCCCCCCACAUCCACGAGAAGGAGGCUUCCUCCCCCAGCACCUACUCCCGCCACAGUCGCCAGGCCCUCACCUGCACUGCCUACGGGGUGCCCCCCCCUCUCAGUGUCCAGUGGCACUGGCGGCCAUGGACACCCUGCAAGACCUUCACCAAGCGCAGCCUCAGCCGGCGGCAGCAGAGAGACCACAUGCCACAGUGCCAGGACUGGCGAGAGGUGACCACCCAGGAUGCCGUGAACCCCAUCGAGAGCCUGGACACCUGGACCGAGUUUGUGGAGGGGAAGAAUAAGACGGUGAGCAAGCUGGUGAUCCAGGAUGCCAACGUGUCUGCCAUGUACAAGUGUGUGGUCUUCAACAAAGUGGGCCAGGACGAGCGGCUCAUCUACUUCUACGUGACCAACAUCCCCGAUGGCUUCAGCAUAGAAUCCGAACCAUCGGAGGAGCCCCUAGAGGGCCAAGAGGUGCGCCUGAGCUGCCGGGCAGACAACUACACCUACGAGCAUCUGCGUUGGUACCGCCUCAACUUGUCCACGCUGCACGAUGCUCAUGGGAACCCGCUGCUGCUCGACUGCAAAAACGUGCACCUCUUCGCUACGCCGCUGGCAGCCCGCCUGGAGGAGGUGGCGCCAGGGGCGCGCCACACCACGCUCAGCCUGACCAUCCCCAGCGUGGCACCUGAGCACGAAGGCGACUACGUAUGCGAGGUGCAGGACCGUCGCAGCCACGACAAGCACUGCCACAAGAAGUACCUGUCGGUGCAGGCCCUGGAAGCCCCGCGGCUCACGCAGAACUUGACCGACCUCCUGGUGAACGUGAGCGACUCCCUGGAGAUGAGGUGCCCGGUGGCCGGGGCACACGUGCCCAGUAUCUUGUGGUACAAAGACGAGAGGCUGCUGGAGGAAGAGUCCGGAAUCGACCUGGCAGACUCGAACCAGAAGCUCAGCAUACAGCGCGUGCGUGAGGAGGACGCGGGCCGCUAUCUGUGCAGCGUCUGCAAUGCCAAGGGCUGCGUCAACUCCUCUGCCAGCGUGGCCGUGGAAGGCUCCGAGGAUAAAGGCAGCAUGGAGAUCGUGAUCCUUGUCGGCACUGGGGUCAUCGCUGUCUUCUUCUGGGUCCUCCUUCUCCUCAUCUUCUGUAACAUGAGGAGGCCAGCCCACGCAGAUAUCAAGACGGGCUACCUGUCCAUCAUCAUGGACCCGGGGGAGGUGCCUCUGGAGGAGCAGUGUGAAUACCUGUCCUAUGAUGCCAGCCAGUGGGAGUUCCCCCGGGAGCGGCUGCACCUUGGGAGAGUCCUAGGCCAUGGAGCCUUCGGGAAGGUGGUGGAAGCCUCGGCUUUUGGAAUUCACAAGGGCAGCAGCUGUGACACCGUGGCUGUGAAAAUGCUGAAAGAGGGCGCCACAGCCAGCGAGCACCGCGCCCUGAUGUCGGAGCUCAAGAUCCUAAUCCACAUCGGUAACCACCUCAACGUGGUCAACCUCUUGGGCGCGUGCACCAAGCCCAACGGCCCCCUCAUGGUGAUCGUGGAGUUCUGCAAGUACGGCAAUCUCUCCAACUUCCUGCGGGCCAAGCGGGAGGCCUUCAGCCCCUGUGCGGAGAAGUCCCCUGAGCAGCGAAGGCGCUUCCGCACCCUGGUGGAAGGUGCCAGAGCUGACCGGAGGAGGCCGGGAAGCAGCGAGAGGGCCCUACUGUCCCGGCUCCUCAUGGGCAAGGGCGGGGCAGGGCGGGCGCCUCCGGGCCCGGGAGCCCAGGACUUGUGGCUGAGCCCGCUGACCAUGGAAGACCUUGUCUGCUACAGCUUCCAGGUGGCCCGAGGGAUGGAGUUCCUGGCCUCACGCAAGUGUAUCCACAGGGACCUGGCUGCUCGGAACAUCUUGCUGUCAGAAAGCGAUGUGGUGAAGAUCUGUGACUUCGGCCUGGCCCGAGACAUCUACAAAGACCCUGACUAUGUGCGAAAGGGCAGUGCCCGGCUGCCACUGAAGUGGAUGGCCCCUGAGAGCAUCUUCGAUAAGGUGUAUACCACGCAGAGUGAUGUAUGGUCCUUUGGGGUGCUGCUCUGGGAGAUCUUCUCCCUGGGGGCCUCCCCCUACCCGGGGGUGCAGAUCAAUGAGGAGUUCUGCCAGAGGCUGAAAGAGGGCACACGGAUGAGAGCCCCGGAGCUGGCCACUCCUGCCAUACGCAGCAUCAUGCUGAGCUGCUGGUCAGGAGACCCCAAAGAGAGGCCUGCAUUCUCGGAGCUGGUGGAGAUCCUGGGGGACCUGCUCCAGGGCAGGGGCCAACAGGAGGAUGAGGACUGCAUGGCCCCCUGUGGCUCUCAGAGCUUGGAGGAGGGCAGCUUCUUGCAGGCGUCCACCACGGCCCUGCAUGCUGCCAAGGCCGACAUCGAGGACAGCCCACUGAGCCUGCACCCACACAGCCUGGCCACCAGAUAUUACAACUGUGUGUCUUUUCCGGGGUGCCUAGCCAGAGGGACUCAGACCCAGGGCCCCUCCAGGAUGAAAACAUUCGAAGAAUUUCCCAUGACCCUGACCACCUACAAGGCUUCCGUGGAUAACCAGACGGACAGUGGGAUGGUGCUGGCCUCUGAGGAGUUUGAGCAGCUGGAGAGCAGGUACAGACAAGAAAGCGGGCUCAGCUGUAAAGGAUCGGGCCGGAAUGUGGACAUGACCAGGGUGCACCCCGACAGCCAGGGGUGGCGACAGCGGCCAGACCAGGGGGCGCAGGGAGGCCAGGUGUUCUACAACAGCGAGUACGGGGAGCUGGCGGGGCCACACGAUGAGGGCGACUGCCCCCCGUUGGCCCGCACUCCCUUUUUCACCGACAACAGUUACUGAGUCAGUCCUGGGCAAGGCCCCCAAGACCUCAAGUCUAAGAGUUGGUGGGGGCCACGCCUGGCUGAAGGCCCAGGCUGAGAACUCUUCUCCCUCAGCUUGAACCAUGAGGUGUUUCCUCCUCCCUACUUAGGAAGAGCCAAACCCAGGCUCCAGGGGCUCCCCUAGGUUCCAUCACCACACGUGACCCAGGCCACCUUGUGGCUCCUCCAGGGCCUUCGUCCCUCCAGAUUCAGAUUCCAUUCACCCCCACAUCCACAGGGCAUCCUGAUUGCCUCCUCCCACCAUGGUGGGUGGUAGCAUGAUCCCCAUCUUCUGAGGAGGACACUGAGGGUCUGCGAGUAACAGAGGUGGGGGUGGAGCCAACAUGGGCUGGGGUCUCCAGGUCCCACACCACUGUCCUGUGGAAAUGGCUUUCUUGCCUCUCCGAAGCUGAGGUCAGGUGCCAUAUUUCCAUCUCAAAUAACAGAUGAGGAACUGGAGGGGUAGGGUGUCCUCUCCUGAGCCUGGCCAGACAGCUCACCCUCCCGGGGGCCAUGGUCUGUGCAGUGCCAGGCGUCACCAUGUACCUCCACUGGGUGUUGACAGCUCUUCUUUUUUUUUUUUUUUUUUUUUUUGUUUGUUUGUUUUUUUUUGACAGCUCUUCCACAGAUGAUUUUUCAUUAGAACUUCAGAGACUGGGCUGCUGUGAAGAGUUUCUCUUUCUAAACUUUAGUCUGAGGGGGGCCCAGGGAAGGUUUUUGUGAAUUUAGAUGAUUCUUGCCUCUGAACCCUGCCCCAGUCAGGUGCCCACAUAGCACAAGCCGCUCUGGCCUCACCUGCCUGGCCCAAAAUUGGAAGAAGCACCUGAUGGUCCAGAGCUGAGAAAUGCCUGGUUCUUCCCCCUGGAUCUGCCACCCAAGGCACCUUCCAAGCUGUGAAUAGCCUUUUGAGAAGCAAACACCGUGGACCCACUGAGGAAGGUCUCUAGUGCUGGCCCAGAGGAACCAGGGACAUUGCUCUGUGCCAAGAGGCUGUCAGCAGGUGUUCUUGUGGCCCUGGGGGUGCCUGCGUGCUUCCCCCCGGUCUGUGCCUGAUGGUGCCCUGGCCGGCCAAGACUCUGCUCUCUCAGGGAGCAGCCCAGGGCCCUCUGGAGGCUGGAGCUGUUCUGCCCAGGUCCCCUCCCCAAUGCAGCACCUACUGCCCAGUUACCCCUACUCCCAGCUGGAGACAGAGCCUUCUCCAGAUAGCACCACGGAAGUGGACAGUCCCUCCACCCUCGCCAUGAGGCGCUUGCAGGACAGGCGGCCGUGCAGCGAGCAGGGGCUUGCCGCAGAACCCCCCACCCCUCUGCCUGCUGUGUAUUGUUCCUUUGAGAUAUGUCGAAUGCACGUGUGACAUCCUCGCUGUCUCCAGUGGCCCUCCUUCUCUGAUGUCACCUGGCCAGGAGACAGGGGUCUCAGGUUUACAUGGUCGACAUCCCAAGGCUGUUCUUAAGCAGAAGAGCAAGGUUCAUGAUGCAGGUGCAGGGGCGGUGCCCUGGAACCCUCCCUCCAUGCAUACCACGUAUGUCACCUCUCUUCCUGUCACGUAACUGCACACACAAAACUGUACUGGGAAGAAAACCGACCACAGCCUUGUAGACCGUAUGUUCUGAAAAUAUCUAAAGUAUUUAACAAAAGAUAAUAAUAAAUUUGAUGCCAGUCUUUGAGUUACGGUGAA